AGCAGUUAUCACCAGCCGCUCGACCCUGCUUUUGUCUCGCAAAUGGUACACUCCAAACAAAGCCGUGAGCGCGUGAGCGACUGAAUUGAACUCGGACCGCUGGAUUGGACGGAAGCGGAUUCGGUUCGGUACCGGUCCCUGAUGGGAAACGAAUCAUGAUUCAGAGCUAAAGGAAAGACAUUUGGGUUCGUUUCUUCAAACGCUAGCGCGUCUGUUUUGUUGUGAAAGAUAAGGUGUGGAUGAAAGGAGACAUUCACCUGUUAUGGUUCUAAUGGAAAUGGCCGUUAAACUCGGCGGACGGGUUUGUUAAAUGAAAGACGGGUUUACAGGAUAUUGAAAAUGAUGCUGAGGGUUUAAACUCGAAUAGACGUCUUAGCACAAAGGAGGAAAUUACAACUCCUGGAUGAACGGAGGACGUGGAGGAGGAGGUGGUGAAUCUCCUUGAAUGGGAAAUUCCUCUUGACUUUUUCUGACCCACCUGACCCCACUGUUCCGUCCCACUCCAUCUCUGCCUGCCAUAAGCUCCACCACGUGAUCAUCAUGACCUCCAUGGCACAGCUGCUGGCCUCUAAGCUCGCCCCACUGUCUCAGGUUGGGAGCAGAGACGGUCUUUUUAGCUGUGAUGAAGAGAUCGAGCGGCGCUAUGAAGUUGUCCCUUCUGUUGUCUGCUCCAUGUGCUGCCUCUUCGGCAUCAUCUACUGCUUCUUUGGCUACCGCUGUUUUAAGGCUGUAAUGUUCCUCACUGGCCUGAUGUUCGGCUCUAUCAUCAUCUUCAUGCUGUGCUACAAGGAACGAGUAAUGGACACGCAGCUGAGCGUGGAGGCCAGUGUGGGCAUCGGGCUGGGCAUCGGCACGCUAUGCGGCCUAGUCACCAUGCUGGUGCGCAGCGUGGGGCUCUUCAUGGUGGGCCUGCUGCUAGGCUUGCUGGUGGCUCUGGCCUCCCUGGUGGUGCUGGAGGAAUUCUACCACCCCCACACGGUGUGGCUGCCCCUGGGUGUGCUGCUCGGUUCUGGCAUGCUAUUCGCCGUGCUCACGCUGCAGUGGCAGCGCUGCUUCACCACCCUCUCCACGGCUGUGUUUGGUUCAGCCAUAGUCACAGUCACCGUGGAUUAUUUUGUGGAGCUGUUUGCGCUCACGCGUUACAUCUAUGAAAGGGUGAAGGUGUCUCCGGCUCAGCCCGUAUGCUGGUACACGUGGGUGGUGAUGGGCGUGUGGCCUGUGCUCGCCCUGCUGGGGGUCCUCAUUCAGUGGAAGGUGACCGCAGAUGGAUACUCGCACACCGAAGUGUUCAUCAGUCAUCAGCAGAGGCGGCUGCAGCUGAUGAAGAUUCGUCAGAAAGAGGAGAGAAGGGAGAGCAGGAAGAAAAAGAAGAAACAACAACAGAAACCUCAGCAGCAACAGCAGCAGCAGCAGAAGCAGAAGUACCACCAUCCUCCCCAGUCUAACCAUCACGCCACGAACCCCCCUGCAAAAACCCAGCAUCAAGAACCCACAUACCGCAGGAAACCCAACCCCACACGCCGCUACGAUGGAGACGUACUCUCGCCGAGCUACAUUCAGCAUUUCCGGGACAGACACGUGGACAGACGAGGCUACUCUCAUGGCAGAUUGGUUAGCAGUUCUCAUACAGUGGAUAUUGACUAUGACUGCGGCUCUCAGGUCCCCCUGACCGCCCAUACAGGACCUGCAGUGAGAGUGUGAUCCUGCCCCCUUGUGUUCAGUGGUGGUGUUCCAACCAGGCCUGCUCCUGUGCAGUCCUCAGGUCAGAGUCUGAAAGGAGAAGAAUCAUUUAUAUUGGGGACCCGCAUGACAUGGCUCUGCUCUGUUGUGUUAUAAGUGAUGCCCUGGGGAGGAAUGUUUUUUGCCAACAGCCUUGUUCAUCAGGGCUCUGACUGGAAAUAGUUUCUCUCUGUCUAGAUUGAAAUUGUGUGCUGCUGAGAGUGCGUGUGUAUUUGUGUGUGUGGUGUGUGUUUGGCCCUCCAAGGCUCCCCAGGCCAUUAUUUGACUCUAUGCUGUCCCUUGGCAAGCAGAAUGGGCUCAUUACUAUGUCAGCCAUUUUUACAGAGGGGACAUUAUGCAGACUGAGCAUUGGACCAAAUGCGUCAUGGCUCUGAAGCCUUCCCAUCCACGUAAAUCAUACGUGUUUACGUACAGACAGCGUGCUUCACGGCAGCAGACUUUAUAGCUCUUCCAUGCGGGAGAGAAAAAUGACCAGUUAUGGGGAUGCACUCUAUUCACGAAACGUUGUUUACGGUACAAAUGAGGCUGUACCUUUUACGGCAGCGGAAAACUGUGAGCUUCGUUUGUCAGGACUAAUGGCCCGAUUCUGUGCACUCUUACAAGGAAAGGCUCUUAAAGGGCCCUUACUGAAACAUAUACUGCCAGGCAUGUCUACUAGCUGGUGUUGGUUUACCUCAGUCAGGAGAUGGGUGAAUGAGGCACCAUUGUUCAUUGUCUAAUUAAGACUGAAUUUAGCUCUCAUUAUGUCCCAUAUGGCUUAGUUAAAGCUUUGAGCAGCGACUCGCAUUAGACCUGCAGGGGAUAAGGCAUUACCGGAUUACGCUAAUGAUGCAGGUAACACUGUGAACACUACAGGAGUUUCUGUACAGAUGAUUUAAAGUGUCCUUGUCUACUGUGAAGGUUUUUCAAUGAGACCAAGGUAUUGACUGAACAAGAGUGAACAAGAUUUAUAAUAGUGGACCAGCCACAUUAAACAGGGAUUAUGUGUGUGUGUGUGUGCGUGUGUGUGUGUGUGUGUGUUUCUGUUUGUGUAUGUUUGGGGAGGAAUAGUGUGCAUGUGUAUGUAUGAGGAAAAGGACGACGAUGUGGUAAUUUGUCUCAUUUGAAUUUCACAUUUGUUUACAUCCUGCUUCUUCCUCCAGUGGAUGCGUAAAUUCAUCUUCAGUCUCGUCUCAUCUCAAAACUGUAAAAAAAACAACAACAACAACAAAACAAACAAAAAACCCUAAAACGCUCAGCCUCACUCUGUUUACAGUCGUUUACCACAGCAGCAUCAGUUGCUCCUGGACAUUUUGUACAUUUAGCUGAAUGCUGAAUAUAUUUGUACAUAUUAUACCACUAGUGUCAUGUUUAGUGUAUUUUUCUCUGGUUAAUACUUAAUUACAUCUGAAUGCUGAUUCAGUGUCAUCAUGGGUCUACUGGGUCUAUUUAUAUUUCAACAUUUUUGUUGUCUAAAAAUAACUGUCGGAUGAAGGGUGUCAGCAGGAGAAGAUGAGCCCAUGUUGCUUAUUAUUAUUAUUAUCAUUAUUAUUAUUAUUGCAUGUGUUUGUACAAACGUGACUAUGAUAAAGUGCUUCUAAAGACUUUUAUUCUGUAUGUUUGUGCUAUUUUAAAAAUUAUUUUUCUUUUUAAUUUUGCUCUAGCUCCAAGGUAGGUUGAAUUUAGAUCUCACAUAUACACUAUGACUUCAGCCCAUGCAUCAGCCAUAGUAUGAUCAAUUAGAGCUAGGAUGCAAAUCAAUUUCUCUGUGAAAGUGAAAAUUUGUAUUUCUCAGAAUUAAUUCGCACAGAGGAAGAUUAAAAAUCAGAUCAGCUUAGUAUUGCCGCUUCUCUUUAAAGGGCAGCAAAUAUAGGAAAGUAAUGAG